AUGUCCGCAGCCGACGAGAAGCUCUCCGACCCUGGGCUCCUCGGAAAGCCGGGGGCAAUAUAUGCCAUUACCACUUCCAAGACCACCCAUCGCCCCUGGUGGAAGCUUGGCGGAAAAGACAUCAGUUUCGCACCCGUGGAUCCCGAUUCGGUAGCGACGUCCAACACUGCGUCGACCGAAGACAUUGAGACAUCGACACUACACAACAUUCAUGGGAGUGUCUUUGAUGAUUCCGGUGCUGCGCAGUUCUAUCAGCCGAUUGAAAAGUAUGAGGGCGCUCAUCGGUUUGACCCCAAUGCUACAUGGACUGCUGUGGAAGAGAAAGCACUGGUGAGAACUCUAGAUCGAGGAAACAUUUCACAAGCCCUAUCUGAUAAUAUGCUGAAUAAUCUCAAAAUGAAUACAAAUGAUUAUAACAAUAGCAUGACAAUCUUUUAUGUCUCGUUCCUCACAGCAGAACUUCCUUCUCAGCUCAUUAGCAAGAAAGUUGGGCCUGACAACUGGAUUCCCAUUCAAAUGGUUUUGUGGAGCAUAGUCGCCAUCUGUCAGUGUCUCAUUACAGGUCGCAAUACCUUCUACAUUACCCGAUUCUUGCUUGGACUUCUUGAGGGAGGGUUUAUCCCUGAUGUUAUCCUCUACCUGAGCUAUUUCUACAAGAACAAAGAACUGCCUGCUCGCCUCGCAUGGUUCUGGACUUCCUACAUGAGUACCAAUAUCGUCUCCUCCUUCCUCGCUUAUGGAAUUCUGCACCUACGUGGGCACUCCGGCUUGAGAGGUGAAGGAUGGAGAUACCUCUUUGCAAUCGAAGGCGGUCUUACUGCUUUGCUCGGUAUUCUGGCAUGGUUCUAUCUUCCUCCAUCUCCGACUCAGACGAAGAGCCAUGGACUCAAAGGAUACUUGCGUGGUAAGAGAGGAUGGUUUACAGAGAGAGAGGAAGUGAUCAUGGUUACGCGUAUCUUGCGCGAUGACCCAGGGAAGUCGACUAUGCAUAACAGACAAGCAAUUACUCCGGGUUUGUUAUGGGCCAGUCUUUCCGAUUACGAUAUGUGGCCAAUCUACCUUAUUGGCCUAACAUGGACAAUCCCCAUGACACCACCAAUGAACUACCUAACCCUGACCCUCAAAGCUCUCGGUUUCUCAACUUUCAACACCAACCUCCUCGUGAUCCCCUCAUCCGUCCUCUUCAUCCUCCAAUUGCAGUUCUGGACCUGUAUCUCCGAGAAAAUCAACCAAAGGUUCCUGGUAGGACUGAUGAGCCAAGUAUGGGUAAUCCCAUUGUUGAUUGCGCUCGAGACCUUGCCGCAGAAGUUUCCGCACAGCAAUUGGGUGAGGUAUGCGAUUAGUUCGCUGGUUGUUGGGUAUCCUUAUGUGCAAGCUAUUUUGGUGGCUAUCACGAGUCGUAACGCCGGAACGGUCAGGACGAGGACCGUUGGCUCGAGUCUGUACAACAUGGCCGUGCAGACCAGCAACAUUAUCUCAACUCAGAUCUACCAGAACAAGGAUAAGCCGCUCUACUACACGGGCAAUAAGGUGCUGCUUGGUCUUGCGGCGUAUAACGUUUGCUUGUUCAUCGGGGCGAAGGUUUAUUAUACUUUGAAGAAUAAUCAGCGAGAUCGCGUCUGGGAUUCUAUGACGAGGGAGCAGAAGCUGAAUUACCUUGCCACAACGAAGGACAAGGGGAAUAAACGGUAG